UGCCCUGACAGCGGACAGUGGACUCACCAGCAGCCCAUUGACUGCUAUGGCACAAGGCCUCCCCUCUGGAAACAGCCUGUUCACCCUCACCCCCGAGUCCAGCGCUUCAGCUUCCGAGCUUCAGGGCAGUGACGACCAGACCGACGUGACCAAAGUGGACUCCAGGCCUAGCAGGGUGUGCUUGGAAAGUAGGCUGGUUGUUCCCUGGCAGCAGCCCCUGAUGGUGCAGGGCCAGAGGCUACGAGGACACUACUUCCCCCUCUCCCGCAAGCAGCUCAAGUGGUACCUCGGCCUCAGUGCCAUCGUGGAGGAGGUGGAGAGAGAGCAGGCUCAGAUCAUGCAGGAAGCCCAGGAAGAAGUCCAGAAACAAUGUGUGACUUUCUCCUGGCUGGUGGACAUUCAUUUGUUUACCAGCGAUUGGAGUUCCGGCUCGCUCAACGCCAUGAGGGGUUGGACAUCUUUGCAGUAUGAGGAGUAUAUCAAGAAAGUUCGCCUCUGGAUAGAAAGAGUGCGUGACCUGCCCCCUUGUUUCACUACAUCUAACAAGCUUUUCACGGUUAACUUUCUACAGAUCCAGACCAAUAUAGGGCCGCUUUUGAACUCUAUUGAAGAGGACUUACAUAACCUGCUGACGGAAGAGAUCAAGCUACGCUCAGAGAAUCUGAUCUCAGAGCUCAGGAGUCAGUUGGAUGGCUUACGAACUCAGCCUACUGACUUCAACGAAUUCACUCAUUUUGCCAUAAUGGUGGACCGCUGUAAGAAAAUGUUUGAAGAGUCUCAACCCCAGCUGGAGUACAUCCACUCUCUCCAGGACACGCUGAUUGCUCACUUCAGAAUCAUCAACACAGAGGAGGUUGCCCUGGAGGAAAAUAUGCUGGAUACAUGGGAUCAGUUUGCGUUCCUUCUCAAACAAGCAGAGGAUACGGUCAGC